UCCCUCCAAAUUCACUACAACCAAUCUAAAAAACAUUGUUAACGUUAACGUUAUAAUUCUUUUCCUUUUUUCUCGUCGCGAUCCCCAAAUUUGAGUACAAAACCCUAGCUCUUCGCGGAAACCCUAGUUUUGUCGAAAUUUCGAUUGCGGAAGCUAGGAAUCUGCGAUUUUUGCCGAUGGGGGAAUCGGAUGAGAGAGAUGGGCCGGUAUCCGUGAUCGGAGUUGAGCCGGCGGAGCGGAGGAAUGUGCGGCGGAGGCUGGUUCAGUCAGCGCUCUUCCCGCACAAAUCUCCGGCGGAGGUCGAGCCCAGCAGCGAUCGGAGGUCCGGUGACGGUAACGAAGAGGGGGAUGCCGAUGGGGAAGAGGAGGAGUUCUGUGGUAGUCAAGGAAAGAGGACGAGAAAGCAAAGAGCGAAGGCUACUCCGAAGAACGGAACUCCCAAGAAGUUGGCUAAAGAGAAAUCUCCUCGGAAAUCAACGCCUAAGAAAAAUGCUAGUAAAAACGGGAGCAUAGCUGCUAAUCAGACAGUAGCUCAAAAGGUUUCUCCUCCGGUGACCAAUUUGCGGCUGGAAGCAAAAUUAAGAGCUGAGGCAAGAGAUCUGAUUGAAGAUUCAAGAAUGUCGGCUGGGAAGCAAAUACAUCCAUUUUUCUCAUUGUGGAAAGCAGGGAAAAGGAACAAAGAAGCAGCCGAAGCAGAGAGUGAUAGUUGCCGGGGAAAAAGAAGAGAUAAAAUCAGUACCAUCGGCCCAAUCCAUGUAUAUGAGAGGUUUCAGGAUGGUUAUCUUUCCAUUGAUUGGAAGAAUUGGACUUUCUGUGAGGAAACAUCCACCAGCGGAACAUAUGAUCGGCGACGUAGUUUCAGCUCACUUUUUGAACAAUCUUCCAAGGAAUUUGGUAUCAAAGAACUGCCAUCUGGUUCACAUCCUGAUAGGUCUGUCAUUGAAGUUGAGGAGCACGACCAAUUUGUUACUCAAUCAGAAGAUACUUCAGAGGCAACUCCAGGAUUAUUAACAACACAAGAGGAGAAAAGCAGAUACCUCAGGAGCCCAGAUGGAGCAGAUGAGGAAUGCGAAGUAGAUGAAGUAGUUUUCUUGUCUUCUCAUGCUGAUGGUGCAGCAGAAUUUGGUAAUGCCCAUCAAAGCAGAUCAUUUCAAGAAAGUUUUGAUCUCAGUGGACAGCCUCACAAUAGCUUGUGGAUAGAUAAGUACCAGCCAAGAAGUGCAAUGGAGGUAUGUGGUAAUACUGAAUCUGUAAAAGUAAUGAAUGACUGGCUUUGCCUUUGGCAUGAGAAAGGUUUUCAAACGAUGAAAGAGCCUGGCGAUGGCAAUGAAAGGAAGAUGCAAGAUGCUGAUUACAGCUGUUAUGGAAGUGACUCUGAUGCAGAAAACAUUGAUGAUGAGGGGUGUCUGAAAAAUGUGCUCUUAGUCAUCGGACCGGUUGGGAGUGGGAAGUCCGCAGCUAUUCAUGCUUGUGCCAAGGAACAAGGAUUUAAAAUCCUUGAGUCCAAUGCAUCGGAAUGCCAAAGGAUGAAAAUGGGUAACGAUAGGUCAUAUGGCCUGACAAGGUCUUUGGAACCACCUCUCAAUUUCAGUAAUGAACAAUCUUUGACGCCUACCUUUGCUGUGGCUGAUGGUAGUGCAACAGAGGAGUUGAUUGAAGUGACAACUAUAUCGGAUAAGGAAUCUCAGUCCCACAGCGACACAGCUAACUUGAAGCCAUUAAUUCUCUUCGAGGAUGUAGAUAUUUGUUUCCCUGAUGAUCGUGGUCUUGUUUCUGCUAUACAGCAGAUUGCUGAGAAAGCCAAAGGACCUGUGAUUUUGACUACCAAUGACAUGAAUCAUGGUUUACCAGACAACCUGGAAAGGCUAGAAAUAUGCUUUGCAACACCAUCAACAGAAGAGCUACUUAGGCACCUUUCUUCGGUUUGUGCAGCAGAGGGUGUUAACGUCUGUCCUGGUUUGAUAGAGCAACUGGCCAGAUCUAGUCAUGGUGAUAUAAGGAAAGCCAUUAUGCAUUUACAGUUUUGGUUUCAGAGUAAAAGAUACAGAAGAGCCAGAAAGUUGAAGAACACUUGCAGCCCAGUUCUCUUUGAUCUAGAUGCUGGCCAUAUGCUGCUUCCCAGGAUAAUACCAUGGGAUUUUUGUUCUCAAUUAUCUCAGUUUGUGGAGAAUGAGAUUGUUAAGUCGUUAUCAAUGGCAGAGGAAAAUUCAACCUCGGUGGAAGUGUCUGUUGAAGAGGUUGAAAACGACGAAAUGCUGAAUAAGUUAUGGAGAUGUGACCCAGAAAAGGAAAAAAUAGAAGCCAAGAAGGCAGCCAUGUUACGGAGGAAUUCUUCUUAUGAAGAUUGUGAUGAAUUACAAGAUAAUAUCCCAUGUGAACUUAGCCGUGGCUCCCGCAGAUCCAUGUCUGUCUCUAGGUUGAACAAAGGGAGGAUGCGGAAUGUUGUGUUGUCCUCUGAUUCUGAAGAUGAGCCUCUAAAUGACAAACGUAUCUUAACUUCAAGCAGACAGAAGGAGAAAGGAAUGGUCCUUGAAGACAUGCAAAAGGAUACAAUUUUGCUUGCCAAUACGUCAAUUCCAUCCAUGGGGGAGAUGUUAGAGGCAAGUUGCUAUCUUUCUGAGAUGUCGAAGUUCUCUUGCGCGAAUGAUCUGUCCCAGUCAGUUGACAUAUCAUUGGUACCAGAAUCAUCAUUUGUUCCAGAAACCGAGAUAGACAAUGGAGCAGCAUUGUCACCCAGAGCAAUAUCAUGUGGUCAUUUCGACGGAGGAAUGGAAGUGUCAAUGAGUGAGGACUUCUCACAGAAACAACCACCAUCAUUUGACAGAGGCAUGGACAGGUUUCAUUUAGUUUCCAAUUGUAUAAGACAUGAAUCUGAGGUAAUUGCAGAAUCUUCUCAUGGGAUGGAAGUGGAAGAGUGUGUUGAAGAACAUGCAGUGAAUUCGCUCAGACAGUACCAAGUAAGUGAUGAAUGCAGCCGGAUAGACUUUGGUAGGAUAACUAAGGCUGUACAGAAACUGAAGGUUGAUGCACUGAAAGAUUCAGUGCAAGAAGCCUGGAGAAAACUCCGGUCCAAUCAUGCCAAUCUCAAACCAUACUUGGAUUCAGAACCAAUAGAUGCUCCUCAAGUUCUUGAUCUCACUUACCAAAUAAGCAACCUACUUUCAGAAGCUGAACUGUCUUGUUCUAGAUGCCAGGAAUUCGGAUAUUUGGAACCAGAGAAGAGUGGCUCUGGAGAUGCGGACUCGUUUAGUUUUUCUGAUGAAUUCAACCAGAUGGCUUUCAAUGUGGCACAGCAGCGGUUUCACUUUUAUGCAAAAGAAAUCGCUGCCACGGUAUCUGACCCUAGUUCCAUGACUACUGCCGAGUUGAACCUCGAGUCACUUGCCCUAACAACUGAUAUGGUAUUGGGAAGAGGGUCGAAUGAAGACGAGGCGAGCCGGGGUUAUGCCUGUUUGGAAAUGAAACCAAGAUCAAGUGAGGGCUUUAAGAAAAGCGAGAGAAGGUCUUGCCUUAUGGGCGCGAUGAAGUCGAUUGUUCCUCCAAGAUCAUACUUGGCACUGAAAGGAGAUGCCUUUCACGAGUACCUCUCUUUCUUAGGGCGGAUUUCAAGAUCCGAAACCUCUAACUUAUCAGAAGCCAUUCGGCAAACCAGACGGCGAAGAUCACGACCGCCUCGGCAUUAUCUGAGCACAGGCUCAAUGAUGCUAUCCCCAGAAGAUAUCGCACUCUUGGACCAACACAGCUCAUACAGAGAGACACCACCCUUAUGAAGGAUAUAUCUUCCAGGUUGGUUUGUAUAGGCAGUUUAAUUAAUCGAUCCAGCAAAUACUGUUAGAUUAGCACAUAGAUCCACCAUAGAUACACCAGAGAUAUAUAGAUCUCAUGGUUCCAGAUUUUUAUUUUUAAUGCAAAACUGUUAGAUUUAUGUAUUGUUUUCAGCCUCUGAAGGAAUAUACUGGAGAAACAUUCAUCUGCUAUAAGCACAAACCCAAAAAGAAAAUGUACUAUUUCUCUAUAAUCUGAGGAUGAAUAAAAUACCAUAACUUGAAAUU